AUGGCUACCCUAAGCAAAUAUAAUAAUAAGGGGAAAGUGAAUUUUUUCCCUUUUGUUGUUAAAGUUUUCACCUUUGCUAGCAUUGUAGUUUGUUCAUUUCAAAAUUACGAAAAUGAAUCCUUGGACAAAUCGCGUAACGAGAUAUAUGGACGCAAUGCACCUUCAUACGAUUUAGGUUUCAACAGAAUGUUGGCUGAGGCCGAAGAACUUGAAGAUGAACCUUUGAAAAAAAGUAUUUUACAAGAAAUGAUAGACAAUAUUGUAGGAAGUGCAUAUGAACAAUACGAAAAAGAAGUUAAGCCUAAGUGUGAUGAAAUAGCAAGUACCUUUAUGGAAAAUUAUGAAAAUGAUAUGAAACCUAAAAUUGAAGGAAUUAAGCAAAGAAUAAGGGAUAAUUAUGAAAAGGGUGUAAAACCAACAUUAGAUAGUUUAAAAGAUAAAUUAAAAGAAUUUGAAAAGGAAUUAGAAGAUCCACCUGUAGAAGAUGAACAAGAAAAUAACGUAAUAGACAUUGAGUUAAAUUUUAAUGAAGGCAUGAAUUUGCCUACAGUCGAUGAUGUUGCAGAAGAUGUAUUAUAUCAGUUGGAUGAUUCUGAAUGGUCCAUACAUAAAAAAUAUGCAGAUUUAAGAGAUGAAUUUAUUGGUAAAUUAAGUGAUAUUCAAAAAGAAGUAAAACCCAAAAUUGAUGAACUUACGCAGAAAUAUUUGAAUGAACUCGAAAUGGAAAUGAAACCAAAAGUCGAUCAAUUAGCUUCCACCAUGAAGGAUAUCCAAAAUGAAAUUAAACCAAAAUUUGACGAUAUUAAAGAAAAAUUAUUAAAAGAUAUUGAAGAAGAAGUAAAACCAAAAAUCCAAGAAGUUGCUGAUAAAAUUUCAAAUAUUGAAAAAGAGUUUUUACCACACAUGAAUAAAUUCGCGGAUAAAAUAAAAGAUAUCGAAAAAGAUGUUCAACCUAAAAUUGAAGAUUUAAAGACUAAAUUUAGAGAACUUGAAAAGGAAGUAAAGCCCAAAAUUGAUGAAUUUGUAAGCAAAUUAAAGAUUGAAAUUGAUGAGGACUUGAAAAAAAAGAUUGAGAAUGUUGUUACAAAAGUAAAAGGUGACAUUGAAACUGAAGUUAAACGCAAAAUUUCCAACUUUGCUCGUAAAGUUAAAAAUGAUAUUGAAAAAGACAUGAAACCAACAGUUGAUGAAUUAAAAAAAACUAUUAUAGAGAAAUUAAAUGACAUUGAUCAUGAAUACGUACCAGUUUUUGAAAGAACAGUAAAAGAUGGAAUUGAAAAAAUCCGUGAAAGUAUACCAUGUAAUAAGGAACGUAUGUUAGAAGUACAAAAAACUAUUAAGGAAAAUUUAAAAGCUUGUAAAGAAACCGUCGAUUCAGUAAGUGAAAAACUUUUACGUGGAUUUAAUUUAUUAUAA